AUGAAAACGAUUACAAAAACCAAGAAAAGGUUCAACAAGCUUGUAAAUUUGUUGUUUAAGCAGGUCGGAAAACGCAAGUUAAAUCAGCGAGCCAAAGUGCGAACCAACUCCUCUAACAUGCCCAUCCCUCAAAGUCAUCAAAAUCACCCCAGUUGCACGUGGGGUAUUUUUCAUGUACUUAAAUACCAUCACUGGAAUCGCCGGUUUAUUAAGAAGAGGAUUUCAACCAAGAAGCAAGAUGCAGGGUCUGAAAAACCAAUGGAUGAAUCAGUAGGAGCCUCAAAUAGAAGCGCUGAUGAUUCUUCUAAACAUAAGAAAGCUGAAGCAGCAAGCUCUAAGGUGAGGAAGAAGAAAGCUCCGAGUACAGGAUCUAAAAGCGUGACAUCUCGAUUGAAAGCACUGAUAACCGAUGAAGUGUCGAAAAGGAAGGGGCAAGGCACCCAUCACAGAAGUUCGACAUGCCCGAUACCAUCGAAAUCGGAUCCGGAUAAUCAAGUUGAUCAUCUCCCUAACAUGGAACAAUCUCAAGGGAGUUCCCUACGGUCCAACAAGAACAAAGGUAUCUGGAACGGAAGUGGUUCCGAGGAUCAAGAUGCACGAAAAUCCUCCGAGGAACGCAUUGCCAGUUACGAAACCGAUGAAGAAUGCAGUGUCCGGAACGGUUCGAGCAAAGACGAAAUCGACGAAAACACGAAAACUCUGCUCGAGAGUGUCCUUUUCUUAGAGGGAGACCUUGAUGGUAAAAGGAAAGCAUUACAAGAAUCCAAGUAUCUAAUGGAUGCUUUGGAUAUAAUCAAGAUGAACCAAGGGUUUUUGUUGACGGUUUUACAGGACCCUGACUCGCCUUUUGCUCACCAUUUUCAUAAACAUCUGGCUAUGAGUGCUCAAAUGGCUUCCACUGGUUCAACCAGCAGGGAAAACCAGAGCCCUGAUGGACCCGGUAAAGGAAAGGAGGCCGAUGUAUGUUCUAAUGAUGGACGUUCCGGUGCUAGCGAGCCUGCAGAUCAUAAUCUAAACCAAGCAAAGGUUCGAAUGGCUGACAUUUCCUCUUCAGAUUCUUCGUCCCACGAUCCGAAUCGAUCCGAAGCAGCGAGAAGUAGAUUCAAGAGUCUUAGAGAUAAUCUAAGAUCUGUAAUCAAGGAGAGAGAGAAAGAGAGGCAUAGGAUUGCCAUGGAUGCUGUCCUUCACAAAAUACCUCACCAGAAAGGAUUUUCCAAGGACUUGACACCCGACAUUGUCGAUCAUGUCAAGGACCCUGCCAAGACUAAAAAGCUUUACUCUUCGUCUUUGUCCCGCCGGGGAAGUAUGCGGCUCGAGCGAAGAACUUCUUUCAAUGCGUCCAUGGAUAGAUAUGCACAACUGUUUGAACAUAGUUUCAGUAAAGAAGCUAAAGAUGAAAGAAUCACCAAAACUAUACAACAAAGACAAGAAGAACCGAUCCUUUCGCAUAGUAGGAGCACGAAAAAAUACAUGAGAAGAAUCCUUUCAUCUCCUGAGCUAUAUUCUUCUGCUUAUAGCUGUGAUGCAUUUUCAUUUUCAUCAGAGGUACCGACCCCAACCAACGUUGAAUAUAGUCCUUAUGAACGAAAAUACUUAGAAUCAGAGGCUUUGGGGUAUAGUUCAGAACUAGAUCGCUUCGAAAAAACUGAUGAUGAAAAGGAGAACUCGAUGAUCAUAUCAGAAAAUAUUUCAAAAAGAGAACAAGACAGUAAGCCUGAAGUCAUUCCUCUUACAAAGCAGGAAGAACCAAGUUCUGAUGAGCCAACAGAUAGUUCUGCAGAAAUUGAUCUUUUUGAACUAUUAUAUGCAAAUAUUACAUUUCCCUUUAUUAUAUCAAUGGAUGGUUCAUGGCCAGAAACAGAAAUAGAGCCAAAUCAAAGCUUCGAGCAACGGAACGAAGAACUCAACUUUUUACCCGAUCUGCAACAAGAAACAAAGAUUACCCUUAAGGUGGCUGGUGGAGGCAUAAUUGAAUUAGAGCAAUUAGAGGCUUUAAAGAAGGAUUUAGACAUAAUUGACAAACCCAAAUUCGCAUACGUGAAAGAUGUGCUUGAACUAUCGGGAUUUAGUAUGAGUGAAGCACUCGGUGCAUGGCACGCAGAAAACCAGCCACUGGAUCCCAUGAUGUUCGGGGAAAUCAAAGGCUGCGUUAGGUGUGACCCGAAUUGUUCGAUGGAAGGGGAAGAAGUUGGUUACUGUAAUCACCCACUUUUGUUCGAUCUAACCAAUGAGGUACUAGUAGAAGUUUACGAAAGAUCCUAUAGUUACUACCCCAGAGUUUUAUCUCCACUGUGCCACGUCCGUCCAAUUCCGGCCGGACGCCAUGUGCUCGAGCAAGUGUGGGAAAGCAUAACCUGGUAUUUGAGCUACAAAACAGGUUACGAUAAACCAUUGGAUUAUGUUGCCAGUAGAGAUCUAAUGGGAAAUGAUGGGUGGAUGAGCCUACAGGUCGAUCAUGAAAGUUUAGCGCUGGAGGUUGAAGAGCUUAUUUUCAAUGAUCUUUUAGAGGAAUUUUCUUCCUCAAUUUGAUCCCUCAGUAUUAAAAAAAUUUGUAACUUGAUUUGAUUGUGUAAUUACUACUUGCUUUACCCCAAACUUUGAAUGAGAUUAGGGAA